CUUUGGUCACUCUGAUCACGGAGCGCGCGCUGUGUGAGUGUGUACUGCAGCAGGAUGCUGAAGAGGACGGCGGGCUCGAGCCCGAAGGAGAUGUGAAUUCAUCAGUCGCGCGUCUUGCGGCUCGUUGUUGGCUGGAGGAGCGGCGGUCGGUCGGUCGGUGAAGCCGCGGCUGAGCGUUAGAGGCGGAGGAGGAGGAGGAGGAGGCGAUGCGCGAGCUCUGCGGAGGAGCCGGGGGCGUCCUCCAGGGAUGUAGUCUGACUUGAGCCAGGAGUGUGUUCUAGAGGGCUCCCUCCACAGCAACAAUGAAAAGCCUCGGGGCCAACCGAAGCCUCCAUUUGUCCGACUCCUGCGGGCCCACGGCAGGUCCCCAGGAGCCAAUAUGCCCCCUAACCCCGGACCCCCAUGCCACGUACCUGCUCAGCCCCACCAUCAACCAUUAUGGCACCCUGGACCCCCAUAUGCACCACUUCGCCCCGACCAGCCCCAUUCCGGUCAGCCCUGUGGCUCUGCAGCCAGACUGUCUGGUGCCUCUGAACAACCAGCUGACCACAAGCAGCACCUUCCCUCGCUUCCAGUUCCCCACCCAGGCCGAGCAGAGCGAGUAUGCGCAGCAACAGGGCUGCGUGGCUCAGACGGGCAGUCGAGUGGGCACUCUCACCACCUCUAUGUCUAUGGGAAUGGGGCUUGGCCUGGGCCUUGCAGCGCCACCUAUGAUCAGCAGUGGCACGGCAACCAUAUCCUCUGCGGCAGCGGCCAAGAUGAACCGCCUCCCGGCUACCCUGCUGGACCAGCUAGAGCGGCACCUGCCCCUGCAGCGAGACGGCUUCAGCACGCUGCAGUUCCACCGGCGCAGCCGUGGCACAAAGCAUGCUCGCAGCGAGAGCCCCGGCCGCAUCCGCAACCUGGUGCACUCUGUGCAGAAGCUGUUUGCCAAAUCCCAGUCCUUGGAGGGGUCGGCCGCCAAGGGCAGUGGUGGUCAGGGUGCAGAUGGCACCAAGACAACCCGUCGCAGCAAAAGUAAAGACCGCGCCAAGACAGAAGGAACCAAGCGGCGGCCACGGCCCAACCUCUCAGGCUUCUGGAGCUCAGACGACGCACUGGAGGAUGAACCGACGAGCCCGCCUGCGUCCGGUCCGGUGGCCGUGGCCUACCGCAACCCUCUAAGCAUGAUGACACUGGGCCGGGCCAUAUCCGACAGCCAGGCACCCCCCAGGCACCACACACUACAGGGCUACAAUACAAUUGCCACCCACUCACUCAAGUCCUCCAAGAGCAGCGGGGAUCUGAAGCCCCAGGCUGCUGUCACGCUGUCGGUCGGAGCUGUGGUGCCCCCUGCUGCUGCCCAACCAGCAGACACUGGACUGGUCAAGAGAGGCUCAUGGUCCACAUUAACGCUUAGCCAGGCUAGACAGGUGUUGCAGAAGGGUACGGCCACCGUGAACCGUACACUGCUUAAGUCCAAGUCCUACCACCAAGAGCUGACCUCCAACUUCUUACAGGUGCCCCUGGGAGACUGGAGUGGGACGAUGGGUCGCGGAGGCGCCGGAGGACCAGGGGAGAUCCCGUGUAGAAGGAUGCGCAGUGGGAGCUAUGUUAAAGCCAUGGGGGACAUGGAGGACAGCGAGGGAUCGGACAGCCCUCCUUCCCCCAAACCCUCACCCAAAACGGCUGCCCGUCGCCAAAGCUACCUGAAGGCCACUCAGCAGUCCCUCAGCGAACAGCAGCCACCCCCACCACCACGCAAACACCACGCCUGCCCAUUUAUGCGGGAGCACUUUGGGGUGGUUUGGGCGCCUCUGCAGAAUGCCUGCUCCAUGCAGCACCUGGGAAGCUGCUUGCCGUCUCUGCGGGAGUUCUCGACCAACCGCAGCCUGGACAACCUGGACUGUCUGGUGGGUCAGAGUGACAUCCAGCACUGGGAACCGGAAGGCAGGCUAGCUCAAGGCUGCUCCACCCUGGGCCGAAGCUCCGGCAUCAGCCAGGUGGAGCAGGGCUACAUGAGCACAACGGCGUAUGGUCAACUGGACUCACAGGCCGUGGAGGCGCUGGACUUGCCCAUGCCCACCUGCUUCCGCUCACGCAGCCACAGCUACCUGCGGGCCAUUCAGGCCGGCUGCUCGCAGGACGAUGACACGGCCUCCCUGACCUCAGACGAGCCACCGACGCCACCCGCGACAACCAACACGAACAACUUUAAGAAGACCCCGCCCCCGGUUCCUCCACGCUCCGCCUCCAAGCCCCUCAUAGCGGUGACAGUUCAGAGCAGCACCGAGUCCGCUCAGGACACGUACCUAGACAGCCAGGACCAGCGCAGCGAGGCCAACAGCCAAUCAGGACGCAGCAACUCCUCUGACAGCAUCACCAGCUCCAGGACGGGGAGUCUGGCCAAGGGUGCUAAACGGCCGCCACUGCUGCCCCAGGCUCCGGUUCCGGCCCCCCGGGAGCCUCCCGUGCCGCUGCCCAGUGCAAGGGUCAGCAGCCCCCCUCCUCUGACCCCCCUACCCGUCCCAGAGGCCAAAACUGUAAGCAUCACUCUGACACCGGACGAGCCCAAAGCUCUGCCCAAGAGGAAACUCUCCUCCAUCGGCAUCCAGGUGGACUGUGUACAGCCGGUGCUGAGAGAGGAGCAGACCCCCACCACCAGGUUCCAGUCCAUAGGCGUGCAGGUGGAGGACGGCAGGCCGCUCAGCCGCUUCAGCAGCAUGGCGUCCAGACAGGAGACCGAUGCGGAGUCUCAGGACCAGUCGGAUGGUAAACAUUCACAGAACAGCUCCAUCUGCUGCACCACUCAAACGCCAGACUCGUUGGAGAGCGGCGCCGGCGACCGGACACAGAAACCCCUGAAAGCCAGCGCCAUCCGCUCUGGCUCGGGGUCCAUCCCAGAGAGUUUGGACCCAGCUCUGGACCCAUCCUCCCUGCCCCCUCCUGACCCGUCCCUGCAGAACAGCAGCAGCGCCGGGGCGAGCGGCAGCGUGAACGGAGCCACGGAGCAGCCCGGGGCGGUGGCGGCGUGCCUCAGAGACGGCCACUGGUUCCUCAAACUUCUACAGGCGGAAACGGGCCGCAUGGACGCCUGGUGCCAGCAGAUGGAGCAGGAGAGCAAAGAGAAACAGCUCUCAGAAGAAGUCCUGGGGAAGAUCCGCAGUGCAGUGGGCAGCGCUCAGCUCCUCAUGUCUCAGAAAUUCCAGCAGUUCAGAGGCCUGUGUGAGCAGAACCUGGAUGUGAAUGCUCAGCCGCGGCCCACGGCUCAGGACUUGGCUGGAUUCUGGGACCUGCUGCAGCUCUCCAUAGAGGACAUCAGCAUGAAGUUCGACGAGCUCCACCUGCUCAAGUCCAACGACUGGAAACUCCCAGAGAGCAGCAGCAAAAAGGAGGAAAAGAAGCAGCCGUCAGCCACGACGCCGAAGAAAGUGCUGAAGCCCAAGCCGGCCGCAGCGAAGGAGAAGAGCAGCGGGGAGUCGGCCGCGGACAAGCAGCGGCAGGAGGCCAGGAAGCGGCUGAUGGCCGCCAAGCGCGCAGUGUCCGAACGGCAGAACUCCGCCACGGAGAGCGCCGACAGCAUCGAAAUCUACGUCCCUGAGGCCCAGACGCGGCUCUGAGACACGCCCACCCCUGCGUCUGCCUCUGAGCGCAGGAACACAGGCCCACAUGGACACGCUGCAACACCCAUGUGACGCCUCCUAGAGGCAGAAAGGAGGAGGUGUUUAAACAGAAAGGAGCACAGCAAAAAAUAAUUUGAAAAAAAGAGAGGAAAGGAAGAAACAGCAGACUGUGACAGAAGCCACAGAAGAACCUCCAUGCGACGUUUGUUACUGUCUAUUCUUGUUAUACUAAGUAUUAUUAUAACAAGCUGUAAUUAUCUCAUGGAAUAUAUCGAAACUUUUUUCUUUUGUCUGUAAAUUGUGUUAAUAUCUCGGACGGGGAGGCGACACGUCCCUGGCCGCGUUGCGUGUGUAAGCGAGUGUGAGCGUGUGCGUUUUCAUCCGAAACCCUUUAGUCACUCCAUGCAGUUCAAGCCGGCCCCAUCAGCUACCGCUCAUUUUGAAUCGGCCACAGAAGCACGCACUCAGGAUUCUGCACGUGUGCACUUGUCAUUCUUUCAUCGACGCAGUCUUCCUCUUGUUUCCCUAUUAUUGUUGUUGUUGUUAUUAUUAUUAUUAUUAUUAUUAUUAUUAUUAUAUUUCCUUUGUCAGCCAGUCAGAACUCGUGGGAGUGUGUUUUAGGGCCUGACAUACAGCGCAAAGUUGCAUUUCAGCGAAACGUAGGAGAACAUGAAUGUUUUUGAAGGAUAUUUUCAUUGUUCCCUCAGUUUGGGACUUUAGAACUCUGUAGAUUAGCGAUACAGAAACGGUACGUCAGAUACUUGAAAACUCGUCUAGGAUAGGACCUUUAAAGAACACAGCAGUGGCUUUCACUCCUGGAAAAGUUCUCAGUCAAGCUGGUAUGCUGCGUUUACAUGUCGGGGUCGGUCCAUGCCUUGCUGCUCUAUGCGACAGGCAGCCAUGGUGACCGAGCAGGUCUUUAUUUGUGGUCUUUGCUAUUUAAAGGGCCCAUAUCCUACAUUUUUGAUUUUAUUUUUCCCUCAAGUUCCUCUUAUGACAUUUGUUUGGUUUUAUGCAUCAAAAACAUUUUUGAUACAUAUAAAAAAAAUGAUAACUGACUUUUUCAGCCUCUUAGAACAGUCAAUUCUUCUAAAGCUGACUAAUUUAGAAUGAAACGGGCUGUUUUUGUUACUGUGUCUUUAAGACUGAAAUGCAAAUGAGCUGUGUUUUGAUUGGCUGGCCUGUAUUUGUCCAAGAAGCGGUCCAGCCUGAAAUGCUCCUUAGAACUUCCGUGUGAGUGGGUGGGGCUAAAUUGCUGGCUGAAUAGGUGGCUGUAUGUGAAAGUGUUUACAUGCAGUUAAUAAUCCGAUAACUGCAGGAAGUUAGAUUUUGUCAGUAAUCUGAUCAACAGGUUUAUAUGAACUUGAGUCAUCAGAUAACGUGACACCCGGGUCUCUACGAGUCGGACAGUAAUCAGGUUUGUUUCGCUACCAGUCGGUAAACUCACUGAAGCAGACGAGGCGUAAACUCGUUUCAUGUCGAGCUACUAAAAAUUUAACAUGCGUCGUCUAGAAAACGAAGAAUAUUUAAGUCCUUAAUUUUGUCAAACAUGCAUUUGGCAAUUUCACACAUGCGCAGACUGAGAAAUCCGAAAGAAAUCGGAUUGAGUUCACAUGCACUGAGAAAGCGGAUUACUGAGCUGAAAUCCAGCUCUGUGUAUUCCAUUUUUUAAAAAUCGGAUUUCCUUGCUCCGAUUUAAGAAAUCGGGGUGUGCUGUUUACGUGACCCUUUGAAUAAUCAGAUAACUUCCGAUUAGGAUUGGAUUAUUGAGCAUGUAAACACACAGUGAUGCACCGACAUGAAGUUUAAGACGCAGGCAGCUGAAAACGGAAAGAAACGGUUCUUUUUUUAUACAGUUUCCAUUUUAUUUGUUUGCUGACAAAACUUCGAAGAUGAUGAUCACUAUGUUGGGAAAGAGAUAUUAAAUAAAUAUUAAAAGUUGUAAAAUUCUGAUUUACAUAAUACUUCAUGGUAAUACUUCACAGGCACCUGAAGCCGGAUUCCACAGCGUCUCAGCUAUGAGGAUGGAAAACCUCUCUCUUCCCAACCUUAUAGUGGCUUAAAGACAGUCUGGAGUUUCUUCAGCAGGAGUUUCUCUGUUAGCCAGUGGCUUUAGUGGCCGUCACGUAGAGAAGAAACAGCCAGAAAGCCACACCAGCAGGAACUAAACACGUUUGCAGUAACAACUUUCAAAACAAGAGGUGGAAAAGGGCAAAAGAUGUUGAGUUACUCCACAUUAUUGAUGUAAUCCCAACCAAUUUCAACCAAUCUGUAAAACUAAAAGGCAUCCAAGUUAAAGGCUGCAGUGAAAGCAGCAGCAGAGGACCGUGCUUGUAGUUGAGUGUUGAGUCGCUGCUGCUCAAACUGACCGUGUCUGUGCUGACCAGAGCAGGAGAGCGAGGAAUAUAAACAGCGUUUUUUCCUGUUUUCUUUAUCGUGUUCAAAUCCGACACCAAUUUGCAGACCCGUAACAUGUUACGCCUUUUUCUGCCUUUCUGGGCCAAAAACCAGAAGUGGCACUUCAAACCAUUUUCAGCUGCAUAUUUUUGGUGGCCUGAAGUUUCGGUGCAGCCCUGAAUGUUGGUUUUCUUGGCCUCGCAAAACCAGCGAGUUCAAAACGGGCUCUUAUUGUACCGUAGAUUGGACUGGACAGUGAACAGUAACAGUAAUGUUUACAGUCUUCAUCAGAAUGGAAUAUUGAGUUUUCUUCGAUAUGGGCCCUUUAAAGUUUUAGCAUACGGUACUGGGUGCAUAUAAGCUACAACGACCAGAUGUUCGGCAUCCAGCUGUCCAAAAAGAAUCAGCAUCUGGUGCAGUCGCACACACGAGUUGGGAAAACUAAACCUUUUGAGGAAAUAUUCUGCAAACCGCUGCCGCUCCUGUUGGCGAUGGCAGAGGUUUUCCGCUGCUGCUCCACCCAAAAUAACGAGAGAUCCGGUUCACCGCCGACCCCUUUAGUCACUGUAAACGCAGCGUUUAGUUUCUCGUGAGAGGGAAAGUUCAUACAUGUCAUUCCUGUUUUAUCUAUUUAUUUUUUAUAACAUGUUCAUUUGUACGCAAGUGAUUUGAGUGCUUUGUGCACUUGGAACAGUGGGAGAUUCUGUGUUUCAGCUGGGAAACAUUAGAUUUCAUGCACUUCGCUCCUUUAACGAGUUGCUCAGCCUUGUUAUGCACAAAUACACGUACAAAUGUGAAGUCUUAAAUUUGACCAUCCACUUUUUUUAAUGCCCGAUAAAGCUUCUAAAACAAAGCAGUGAUAAUCUGAGGAACAAUCGCUCGGAUCACGUUUACCUUCUUGUAAUUGUAGGUUUUUAACGUUUAUGUACUUUAGUUGACGUUCUUUCUGUCUGUUGUCAUCAUCCCAUGAUUUCAUGUGUAUUUUCUCACGCUGAUUCUCUGCUCUUGUGCUUCAUGAAUGUAGGUGUGUGAAACUGUUCUUGCAGUUUUGGCUGAGCUGGAUCAGCUGGGUCCCCACGAUGCUGAAACAUUCCUCUGUUUUCACAUACAGCGGCCCUUCGAGGUCAUCCCAGAUUUGGGUUUUCUCAUUUUUAUAUUGGAUAUUAAAAAAGAAAAGAACUUGCUGUACCCGA